AUGUACGAGCAUAAGCACCAGCAGCUUUAUGACAUGAGCUGGCCUAUACGCUUUCUGGCACAGGCAUUGCGCAACGAUAUGAAAAUCCUAGACUUAAUACAAAAAACAAAGUUCACACCAUACAUAGAAGGUAUUGGGCGCUACAACAUCAUAAAUCUUGAGAGCUCUAUUGCAUCUGCCGCUUACGCCGCGAACCUUGAACUGCAUUAUUACCUAGGCCGAGUUCACUACGAUCGCAAUAUCCGGACUUCCAAUCUCACGCCAUAUAUGCCCCUGCUGCGAGAAGUCGGUUUGAACCUGAUUGAUCUCGAGGCUGAGGUUUUCAACAUCCGACUGAGAAGAGACAAAUCAAACAAAAGACAAACAAUCUUCAACGCAUUCUAUCAUCGCUGGAACUUGAUUGUCCAUGCACACAAGUUCACCGAAGCGAUGUCACGGAUUAUCAAGCACCACCAAAAGACUUACUCUGGCAUCUGGUCGAACAGGACCCGUCAAGGGAUCCAAGAUUCUUUGAAAAACAUCACUGCCGCAUGUGAAGCACUUUAUUUCUUAUACAGAUUUUAUCUACCGGUAUACAUGCGGCGCCUGGACCUCAUGUCAGCCUCGGAACUUGAUCAGAAUAUACUGGGCGCAAAACGAUACUGGCUUACGUACUAUCAAACUCGAAGGCAAAACGAGCAACGAAUGGCGGAGCUGGAUGAGAAUUUGGCUAUGAUGAGUAAGGCAAGGAUGGCGAGGGCUGUGGCUCGAAAGAACAGAUAUGCCGCAGAGAGAAAGCUCUCGGUUGUCUCCGGCGGAGACCUUUUCCCUGAGGGGGUUAACUUACGCGGAGUACGAGGAGGGGAGAUUUGUCGUUGA